AUGGAGUCGGUCGUAUUAACCCUCUUCAAGUUCAUCCUCUUCUUCUCCGCCCUCCACCACCACCUUCCACCGCAAUCAACCGCCAUUUCUUCCAGAACCAUCACCUUCCCUAAAGAAGCUCUGCCUACAAAAUCCGGCUAUCUUCCCAUCAACUCCACCACCGGCUCCGCCAUUUUCUACGUCUUUUAUGAAGCCAAGAACCCCAAGAACGCCUCUCUUUCAAAAACCCCACUUCUCAUUUGGCUCCAAGGUGGUCCUGGUUGCUCCUCCAUGACCGGAAACUUCUACGAACUUGGCCCAUGGCUUGUCACAUCUUCUACUUCUCAGCGGCAAAAGGUCGAACACCUCACGCUCGAACCGAAUCCAGGUUCUUGGAACCGAAUGUUCGGUCUUCUUUUUCUUGAUAAUCCAAUCGGGACCGGUUUUAGUAUCGCUUCGACACCGGAAGAAAUACCAAGAGACCAAAACGCCGUUGCCAAACACCUAUCAAUUGCCAUCAAGAAGUUUAUCGCUUCAGACUCAGCGUUCGAAUCACGUCCAAUCUACAUUACAGGGGAGAGUUACGCUGGAAAAUAUGUGCCAUCAAUUGGGUAUUACAUCAUCAAAAGAAACGCCAAUUUAUCCGUUUCAAAACGGAUGAAUCUGCUCGGAUUAGCCAUCGGAAAUGGGUUGACUGACCCAGUAACCCAAGUGACAACCCAUGCUCAAACUGCUUACUUUCUUGGAUUGAUCAACCAGAAACAAAAAACCCAACUGGAAAAACUUCAACUUGAAGCUGUUCAAUUAACCAAAGAACACCAAUGGAAUCGGGCAACAAAGACACGAAGCAAGCUCUUAAACUUGUUGCAAAACAUGACUGGAAUGGCGACAUUGUACGAUUUCAGGAGGCUGACACCUUAUCAAACCAACAUAGUCACAGCAUUCUUAUCAGAUACAGAAAUCAAGAAAAUCUUGGGAGCAAACGAAUCAAUAGUUUAUCAAGAAUGCAGUGGAGUGGUGGGAUCAGCAUUACAUCAUGAUUUGAUGAAAAGUGUGAGAUACAUGAUGGAGUAUUUGAUGGAGAAAAGCAAUGUAAAGGUUCUGUUAUAUUCUGGGCAGUGUGAUUUGAGAGUUGGGGUUGUGGGAACUGAAUCUUGGGUGAAGAAGAUGAAGUGGGCAGGGAUGAAACAGUAUCUAGAGUCAAAGAGAGAGAUAUGGGUAGUCAAUGGUCAAAUUGCAGGAUAUGUUCAAAAAUGGAGGAAUUUGAGCACUGUGGUAGUUUUGGGAGCUGGACAUCUCGUGCCAGCAGAUCAAUCAGUGAAUUCUCAGGCAAUGAUUGAAGAUUGGAUUCUUGAAAAAGGUUUGUUUGUUAAUAAAAAGAUCAUUGAGACUUAUUGGACCAACAAUUCUUUGGUAAGUCAACUCUAGUUAAAGUGUAUGAUGAGUAGAAUAAUGUUGUACAUAAAACCCUUCAAGUAGAUUGCCAUAUGAUAUACCAUCAAUGAGUGAGAUCUGAAUUGUGUCAAGAUUUGGGAGAUUGGUGCUUAAUUUGAUCAAGAAAAGGUAAAGAACUACGUCGCAACUCCCCUAACCUUGAUAUACAGAAAGUGGGUUAGGCAUGUAAAAGAAUUUUGGAAGGUUUUAGUGAUUUACAUGACUUUUGUUUGAUAA